AUGGCCGUGAGCGGUGGAGCCCGCCACUACCGGCACACGUGGCUCGGCAGGUCGGGGUCGCCGUGGGGCGCGGCGGACGGCGUGGGCUGCGUGCUGUGCGUGGAGGCGCAGUGCGAGCGCGGCGCGCGCUGCGAGGACGUGCGCAACUCGUACGCGUGCGCGUGCCCGGCCGGCUACGCGGGCGACUACUGCCAGCACGACGUGGACGAGUGCGCCGACCACCGCUGCCGCCACGGCGCCACGUGCCGCGACGGCGUGGCCGCCUACGACUGCCUGUGCGCCGCCGGCUACGACGGCCAGUUCUGCGAGCACGACAUUGACGAGUGUGCGUCGGCGCCGUGCGAGAACGGCGGCACGUGCUGGGACGAGCCGGGCGCCUUCCGCUGCGAGUGCGGCGACGAGUGGCGCGGCGCGCGCUGCGAGCUGCCGCGCGUGCGCACGUGCGCGCACCGCCCGUGCGCGCCGCACGCCACGUGCGCCGACGUGCCCGACACGGCGCACGGCAACAACUACACGUGCGCGUGCGCCGACGGCUGGGAGGGCGUGCACUGCGAGCUGGCCUUCUGCGACGUCACGCCCUGCCUCAACGGCCAGUGCAACUCGGAGCUGCAGGCGCCCGAGUGCGCGUGCGCGCCGGGCUGGAGCGGGCGGCUGUGCGGCGAGGCGCGCGACGAGUGCGCGGGCGCGGCCGCGUGCCUGCACGGGGGCCGCUGCGUGCCCGCGCGCCGCCCGCCCGAGUGCGCCUGCCCGCCCGAGUGGCGCGGAGCACGCUGCGAGGAAGACGUGGACGAGUGCGCGGAGGGCACCGGCAGCUGCGGGCCCGGCCAGUGCGUCAACACGCCCGGUGGCUACGCCUGCGAGUGUCCGGAGGGACUGUGCGGCCACGGCUGCGCGCUCGCCGACCCGUGCUACGAGACGCCCGCGCCGCAGGCGAGCACGGAGGGCCCGGCGGAGGAGGCCGACGAGCGGCACGGGCCCUGCCAGCACGGCGGCCGCUGCCAGCAGCGCUGCGGCGCCGACGCCGCCUACGAGUGCGCGUGCGCCGCCGGCUGGGGGGGCGCCAACUGCACGCAGCAGGGCGUGUCGGCGCAGGGCGGCGCGUUGGGCCCGGCGGCGCGCUGGGCGCUGGGCGCGGGCGGCGCGCUGGUGGCGCUGGCGCUGGGCGGCGCGGCGCUGGCGGCGCUGGCGGCGCAGGCGCGGCGCAAGCGGGCCACGCGCGGCACGUACUCGCCGUCGGGCCAGGAGUACUGCAACCCGCGCGCGGAGAUGCUGGCGCACGCGCUCAAGCCCCCGCCAGAGGAGCGCCUCAUCUGAUGCGCCCGGCGUGCAAGGCUCAGCGCGCUGUGCAUUCCCGGUCGUAUCUCGCGGCCACUUGUAUUUACGGUAAAAACAUACGCACGUGUAUGGAAUAACGCGAUGACUCUACAUGGCGAGAGCGUAGCCAGGUUUCGCUCGCGAAAAUUGUACUUAAACUCCGAUAGAGCAUCGUGGGGCGAACGUUACCCGCCCCACCCUGGCUAUGCCCUCGUUACAUGCGACAUAUAUAAAUGUGACAGCAGUUACGUUGUGUAUAUUUUGCUAUUCUACAUGUGGUUCAAAAUAUCUAUCAUGAAUAUCACGACCACAUAAUUGUGACGCUCCGACACCCCCACGUGACUCCAUUGUUGAAUUAAAUCAAAAUUUUACACCCACAUAAUGCGUGUUCCACCAAUCAGAUUGUGUCCUAUUUCAAUCAUUUGGUUGGUGGAACUGUACUGUGCGUUUGGAUACACUGACUUUCGAGCAAUUUUUGUAAAUCGUCGGAGUGCCAAAGUAUAUUUGCUGGCAGUCAUUACAGAUGAGAGGAGGUCAGUAAUGGUGUGCGAGCGAGACAAAACAUACAUUAUAUAGUGUAAUAUUUAUUUAGCUAAUGAAAACUUUCCACUGAGAAACAUAUAUUUUUAUGCAUUCUGCACGCAGAAUGUUUUCAUAUAUUGAGUUCGGACUCGUUCAUUUAUUGUUACUUACUAUACUAAUACGCUUUUACACCCUUAAUACUUUCUAUUCUCAAUUUUCUUCUCUUACACACGUAACGUGAAGUUCUAUUUCUCAUAUAUUAUCAGAACUAAUGCUGUUAGAGUUCACCAACAUCGAUCCCAAAUAAUUGACUUUUUAAAAUAAAUUAUAUAAAUGAUCUUUUAAUAAUCAUGUAUGAAUUAUUCAAUGGCUACUUAGUGUGAAUUUAAUUUUAACAUUUUAAAACAUGUAUUACUAAUAAAAAAAAUAUAGACUAUAACUGGUACUAGUAUAGUUAAGAAUUGCAUAGUUUUACCGCAUUUUUAUAUAGGAUGUUAUAAUGAAAUUAAACUGAUGAUAAUUUUUUUCAUGAUAAUUAUAAAAUUGAUAUAUUAAUUAUGUGAAAAGAGAUAAAUAUCUGAAUUGAUUGCUUAUUUUUAAGCCGAAUUUUAUAUUGUAUCUACCAAUUAUGAUGUGAUCGACUAAUCUUUAUAAUUGUAAGAUGUAAAUGGGUAGCAAUUUAUAUGUAAUAGAUAAGAAAACAUUAGAUAUAUAAGUAGAUUUACAGUUAUUGAUGUAGUCAGUAAGUCGGUACUGAGGCAAUGGUGAUUCUACAUUUGAAACGGCAAUCGGUCUACUAUAUUUGCAGCCGCUAACUUCCAAAUGGAAUCAAACUAUUCGUUAACUUAAAACUUUAGUUUCGAGGGUUACCAACGCGCCCCGGACUAAGAUGACCUCAACAAAACGACCCGGGCAUUAUUUUUGUAAUCACCAUUUCACAGUUUCAAUUAUAUUGCUCGCUCGUAAAUAGUAUGUCAUCGUUAAUCAAUGAAUUACGCCCGGUAAGCAACUUUAAUUCUAAUUGGUCUCCUUUCCUGUUACCGUGCCUCGUAGAGCACGUAAAGCCGUCAAUCUCGGGCUCAUAACCAUCAACUGGUAAUAAUCGUCAAUAUUUUAUUAGCAAACCUGCAUUAAAAAAGCGUUAAUAUCUUCGUACAGUUUUGCAGUCACAAAAUGCAAUUUUAAAGCAAUAAAAUUCAAGCGAGAUUGCAGUAUUAUCCUAUCUUAUCGAAGAUAUCUGCUUUUAUGUGUCUUUUGUUUAGUGUCUAGUGCAGUGAGUGUAAAUAGCUGCGGUUGUCUCGCCUGUGGGAAUCACUAGUGCCAAUUUAUAUAACAUACAACGGUUUCGACAGCGGUCAAGUGAUACUAAGCUAAAACUAUUACAGGUAGUGAUUUAGUGUUUUAGUUGUGUGUAUAGUAUUGCAGUAUCAGGCGUGUAUAGAAUAAAAUCAAUAAUGAAUUUUUGAUAAAAAUGAACUAAAUUUAAGGAAUUAAAUAAAUAAUAAAGCAAUUUAAGUAGGAAGCUACUUUAACACACAGUUGCGUUCGUCUAAUUAUCUAAGUGGCUUAAGUUCGCCUAGUUAAAGGCGAAUAAUAAAAUUAUCUGUAAGUAUGGUAGUUUUAGUUUCGCCUCACUGACCGCUUUCUAUGUCAUUCAGCGCCCCAAACACCAAACUUGUGACUAUCGCAAUUCUUAUUGCAGCACUCACUAUUAGGUAUAUUUACCAUUCGUGCAAGAUCGGAUUGAUUGCUUUCGGUGCGAGCAGCGCUGUGUUUUACAAUACAUUAUAUAGUAUUAACUAGGUUAAGUGAAAUGAAAUGAAAAAGCGUGCAUGAUUCUAAAUUAAUUGAUAGAGAAGGCGUCCCGCGCGCAAACACGCCCCCGCGCGCGCCCCGCCCCCGCCCGCACGCACUAGUAUGACCUUCACGAGCACUGUACGUAAUAUGUAGUUAGAGAUAGUACAAACAGUAGAGUAGCGAGAGGUUCCUUUGGGAAGGCGAUAAACUAAAGGGAAUCGCCAUACGGGACUACAAAGUGUAUAAUUAAAUAGUAUGGAAAAGAAAACAACAUAAUAUUAUAUAGUAGGUACAUUUAUACAAUUCGGUCGAACUAACUGUACUCCACGCUGGUCAAGUAUUAAAUGUGGUCAAGUCAUUUAUUGAUGACUUUCUCGGGAUGUCGCCUUAAAGUUCACAGUUAAUUUGAGCAAGUUGUACACACACAUAGAAACACGUAAGCGAUUUAUCAAAGAAAUUUAUAUUUAUUAUAUAAAUGUAACAUAAAGUAUUAAUCAAGUAAUCGUUUAAUCGUCAAAUUGUUAGUAAAUAAUUUUGUAUAGCGUUUUACAGAGAUACAUAGAUAAUUAAUUAAAGAUGGCGGAGCGCGCGCGCCUCGGGCAGCGGCGAGACGUCCGUGCCUUACACACAAGUCUGUAUAUUGAGGAUUUUAUGACAUUCAAUACAUAUAAUAAUGAUUUACUAUAGCCGUGUAUUUGUAGGAUAAGUGUACAGAACCCCCGUGGAACACAGACUGAACGAUUGGUCGGCUUCGAAUAUUAGAGGCUACACAAUCAACUAAAUAAAAGUCUGUAUUCUUUGGGGCCCCUUUUAUGUGUAUAUUAAUAGAAGACGUUCAUUGCGAAGAAGUGAUAAAGUGUACUUAACUAUUGAUAUUUUUACCAGUAUUGGCUGGCUACUUAAUCUUUUGCUCAACUUCGUACAUUCCAACUUUGUAUAGCGAAAUGGAUAUAUUUACCUCUUUUAUAUUUAUGCGAUUGAGUUGCUUGUUUAGGGUAAACAAUCGUCAUUUGAACGUGUCUUUAUUGCUUUCAGAGUUUCGUCUUUUGAAACCAUAAAAUGGAAUUUAUAAAUUUCUAAAGUUAUCGGUUUUUAUGCUGUGUAAAAUAUUUGUCGCUGCUUUAAACUAUGUAAAUUAUACAAUAUAGCAUUUUUUCCGAGUUAGUUGCAACUUCGUAAACAAAGGCAUCUCUUUUUUCUAUUUAUAUUUUGAUGGUUUUAAUACAUUUUAUAAACAAUGAACUUGUAAUUGUAUCGAAAGUAUUUGUACUGCCAGGAUGGGUGUAGUCUCUGAACGGUAGGUACGGAAUUUCAUUGUUUUUUCUAGAAUGUAAUAAUGACAAGUGCUUUAUCUUAUUUAAGAAUCGAUUGCUGCGUGAAAAAAAUUCACACCAGUUUGUGUAAAUGUUAUUCGCCGUUUAAUAUUACUUGUACAUUACUGCGCGUCUCGUUCCAACAUUGUGAUAUUUUCAACCAACACUGUUCCGCUCUUCGGAUCUAUGAACAAUUUUCUAAGAUUUUUCUAGUGAAAACGUUCGAGUAUUUUACAAUGUACAUAGCAAUGCACCUUUUGGUGGCACUAGGUUAGGUAGGUAGUAUUUAUUUUUCACAUCUCUGUCCAAAUAACAAUGAUGUUAUACGUAAAGAGCUAGGCUGGGUUAAAUCAGGCGUUUUCGAACACGCUGUUAUCGAUGGUAAUAUAAAUAUCUUCAUUUUUAUAGCGUUUUAAGGUAAUCGAAACCUGCAACGCAAGAAAAAAAAGCUCAGGUUGGUUAAUUAGCCAAAUUUUAACGUACCACUUUUGUAGCGCAUAAAACUUUUCCCUUUUUACUUAUAAAAUCAUUGGAAAUUAUAUUUUAUGUGACCCUUACGUGUACUUAGAUAAUUAUUUAACUAUCACUAAAUGUUUUUUAAACAAAUGUUGAGGCGAUCUUGAUUUAUAUCGAAACAGCAGUAAACGCUCUGCAGCAAUGUUACCGUCCACGUUGUUAUAAUAACUAGAUGUUGUUCGCAUGUUUGCGUUUGCUCAUUACUUCGCAAAUUAGACGUGACUGAAUUCAAUAAAAAAUACACUCAAUACAAUAA